AUGAAUUUAGCUCAUUAUCCUCAACAAAAUAUCUCAACAAAUACUCGAACAACUGCAUUUGCUAUUCAAGAACUUCUUGGUCUUACAUCACCUGAUCUUGCUGCUGCUCGUGCUUAUGCUGAUCAUCAAGCAUAUCGAGCUUAUUUAUCAAGAUCAAGUUUAUUUCCUUCAUAUCAACAUUCACCAGGAAUAUUUGUCAAUAGAGAUAUACCAACACCUUCAACACAUCCUUCACAUUCAAAUUUUUUCCCACAAUUUUCACCAACAAAUACAAAUAAUACAUUAGAUUCUUUACAAGAUAAUUUAGAUCGAGAUAUUCAUACACUUAAUAAUGGCAAUGGUAGUGAUGGUAAUAGUGACAAAUUAAAUACAAAUGAAAUCAAUAGUAAUAAUGGUGGCAAUAAUAAGAAGAAAAAAUGUAAACGUAGACAUCGAACUAUAUUUACAAGUCAUCAAGUUGAUGAAUUAGAAAAAGCAUUUAAAGAUGCUCAUUAUCCCGAUGUAUUUGCAAGAGAAUUACUUUCUGCUAAAACUGAUCUUCCUGAAGAUCGAAUACAGGUCUGGUUUCAAAAUCGUCGAGCCAAAUGGCGUAAAACAGAAAAAACAUGGGGAAAAGCAACAGUUAUGGCUGAAUAUGGACUUUAUGGAGCUAUGGUUCGUCACUCAUUACCAUUACCAGAUACAAUUGUUAAAUCAGCUAAAAAUGGUGUUGAUACAUCAUGUGCACCAUGGCUUCUUGGUAUGCAUAGAAAAUCUUUGGAAGCAGCUGAACAAUUAAAAAAUAUGGUUAAAGAUAAUGAUGAUGAAAAUGAUGAUGACGAUGAUGAUGAUGAUUGUAGUAGUACACAUUCAAGAAAAUCACCUGAACAUGUAACAGAAACAAUGCGAAGUCAAAGUAUUGCAGCACUUCGUGCAAAAGCACAAGAACAUCAUGCAAAAACAACAAUAAUAAAUGAAUAUUAA